UUAGUAUCGAGAAUAUGUUUAUUAUAAUAAAUGCUGUACCAGCGAUUACCACGCAAUUGAAUGUAAAAAAACGCAUUGCAGAAGGUCUUGAAAAAGUUGGAUAUACUAUGACAAAAAUACUCAUAAGUUGGUUCUUAGUGUUGAUGAUAUUUUCAGUGACAAAUAUAAAUUCAAUUCAAGAAUUUUGCAUUUUCACCUCGAUUGCCAUGAUUAUCGAUUUUAUGCUACAAAUGUCAUUUUUCAUUGCGGUUUUAUCCAUUGAUCUUGAAAGAUUGGCAUUAGAGAUAUCCAAUUUAUAUAAUAAUCGCAUUAGCAAUCCAGAUGAUAAUAUUAAUAAGAAAUCUAUACAGCAUUCAAAAACAACCAAUUAUGGUCGUAGAAUUGGUAUUUUAUUGGUGGUUCUUAUUUUAUUGAUUGCUGUAACAAAUAUUCAUCAUGCCAAUAUGAACUUGCCGUAUAUUAAGUCUUCAUUGAAUAGUUUAAUUAGUGAUUUCAUAGUUCCUCCUACUAAUACAUAUACAAACACCACUUUCUGGGAAACAUCGAUAGAUAAAACUGCUAAUGAAUUUUGGGGCGUUAUAAAUCCGGACAAAAAAAAUCAAUUUGUAGAAAUUAGACCAACCAGAUAUUUAACAUUAUCAUAUGAUAUUGAAUCAGAUGAUUUAUCUCGUUCACUUAAUGAUGUUAAAAAUUGGAAAUUAAUAAUAAGAAUAUAUAUAAAAACAUUUGUUUGGUUUCUUAAAGUUAUUAUAUUUCCUAUUAUUAGUAUAAUAUUCGCAAUGUCCAUCCUGGCGAAUUUUUCAUCAGCAGAUAUAGAAAUUCGAAUUACUAGAUUAUUUGAAAAUUCAAAUAAUGAUGAAAAUAAAAAUACGUUGUCUACCAGAAGUUCUGCUUUUUGUGUUAAUUCUGCUCAAGUCAUAACUUUGCGUGGUCGUCAUUCAGCCGAUAUUGAUUUACUUUGUGCAAAUUUUAAUGGCAUUAUAAUUUCCAGCGCUACUGAUAGACAUAUUACAUCAUGGAAUGGAAAGCAAGGUAUACCAUUAAGAAAACUUGAAAGAUAUAUGCGUCGUUGUGAUACUUGCAAAUGUGAUAGUACUGGCGGAUUAAAAAAUUGUAUUUCAUGGCCAGUACGAGCAAU